GCGUAACCCCCCCCCCCCCCUCACCGACUAUACAAAAACUCUGGAAGAGAGACAUCUCUCUCACUCUCCGCGAUCCGCAACGUUUCCAGAAACCCCCGCAAGCAUGGCACCCCUACAGACGUGGACGGCCGAGAAGCCCUACCUCAACCUGCACUGCGGGCUGGGCGAGGGCCCCUACUACGAAAAGGCGGCCGACGUCCUCCGCUUCGUCGACAUCAAGAAGAAGCAGAUCCACUUCGUCAACCUCGACCAGGGCCCGGAAUCGCUGCGGACGGUGCAGCUCGACGUACCCGUCGGAGUGACGGCCGACAUCGCCGGCGUCGACCCCAAGAACAAGAUCCUGGUGGGUCUCAAGUACGGUGUCGCCGUGCUCGACGUCCAGUCGGGCACGUACCAGUACGUCUCCAAGCUGCAUGACACGGACAACGAGAGGCUCAGGGCCAACGACGGCGCCGUCGACCCUCACGGCCGCUUCUGGCUCGGCACCAUGACGGAUUUCGGGCUGCGAGAUUUCCAAGCUGAAGGCGCCCUGCACCGUUUCGAUGGCGCAUCGGGCAAGGAAGAAGUGCUCAAGGACCUCCUGAUCCCCAACUCUGUCGGGUGGUCCCCGGACAGCAGGACCAUGUACUUCACGCACUCGACGGACCGCAAGGUGUACGCGUGGGACUACAGCCCCGCGGACGGCGCGCUCUCCGGCAAGCGCGUCUUCUACGCGCACGACGGCCCCGGCGAGCCCGACGGCUUCCGCGUCGACGCCGACGGCAACCUCUGGCACGCCGUCUACAACGAGGGCCGCGUCCUCAAGAUCUCGCCCGCCGGCGAGCUCGUCGGCGAGGUUCGCGUCCCGACCCUGGCCACCACGUGCGUGCAGUUCGUCGGGACCGAGCUGUUCAUCACGACCGCGCAGCUCGGCGAGGCAGAGGGCACCGAGGACCAGAGGGAGCUCGGAGGCGCCCUGUUCCGCGUCGACGUCGGCGCCAGGGGCCUGGAGCCGUUUGAGUUCAAGCUUUGAGCGGUCUCGGGCGCGUGACGAUGGAGAAAGGAGGCAGGUGGUUGGGAGGGAAAAAGAGGGUAGGGGGGGGGGGGGUUAAGCGUCACGC